AAUAAUUCAGGGACAGAGAGAGAAAGAGAGGCUCUUUAAUCUCUGGCCUCGCUCUCUCUUCGGUCUUGUAAGAGAAAUUUUUUUCUUUCUUUUUAUUUUUAUUUAUUUGACAUGACAGAGAUCCCUUUAUAUUAUGUUCGCUUUCUGAAGCCACCACCUGAUGAAUAUGUCGUUGGUCAGCAUUUUACUAUUGUUUGGGCUGUUGAAAGCGAUCUUGGCGAUCGUGCUUACUGGGAAUCUUUACCCAUUAUAUGCAGUCUACAAGGAUGUCCACAGCUUGGCUUGAGAGUGUUGGAUGUCAAAAAGAAGAAACAAACAAUUACAACUACCAGUCCGCUUUCUCGAGAUAUAACAGUGACUUAUGAUCCAUUCCAAGGUGGGGGCACAGUAACUAGACUUGUUAUUGAGCAACUGCCAGGAAAACCUUUACCUUUGGGAGCUAAAGAAAAUAUUCAGUUUGGCAUGUUUUUAGCUCCCUCAGCUAGAAGCUCUGCUAGUGGCCAUUCAGUUUGGCAAAAUGCAUACAUCUCUUCUUCGUCUAUCUGGGUCAUUCCUACAUGGUCAGCACCUAUCCAUACAACCGUUGCCAAGCAAAGACAUCUUAACACCUUGAGCGGAGAUCAAGCAGAGAGAAUACUAAGGGUCAAUGAGAAAAGGAUAGUUCGUAUUCGUGAAGACACUGUCCAGAGCAUCGCGCGACAUGUUUGGGAUUGUGGUUUAAGCAUGUGUCAGUUUUUAAAAGAACAUAAGAAUGAAUUGAAUUAUAAAGCCUUGAUAGAGCUUGGAAGUGGCACUGGAUUGGUAGGAAUUUAUGCAGCUGAAGUAUUGCGCCCACACAAAGUUUAUUUGACCGACCUGGCAGAUGCUCUAGGGAUCAUGCAGCAAAAUGUUGACUUGAUGAAGACCAAAGACAUCGUUUCUGUCAGAGAGUUGCCAUGGGGAGGCGUAAGACAAGAAGAAUAUAGAGAUGUAGAUCUGGUGUUGUUGACGGACGUGCUCUAUAAUCAAUCAUCACACGACGUACUCUUGGACACACUAGAUUGGCUACUAGACAACAAAAAUUCAAGAGCGCUCUUGAGUUACAAGGAACGAAGCCCUGAAGAGCGAGUGUUUUUUGAAAAAGUAAAGCAAAGACAAUGGGUUAUUGAAAGAAUAAUGCCAACAGAUAGUAUCUUUGAAUUUUAUUGGUUAUAUAAAUAAACACAUGUUAUGUCCUAACCACUUGCAAUGCAUUCAAAAGUGUGCUGUUGACAUCAUCCAUUUCAAGUGACCAAAGCAUCAAUCCUCCAAGUUGAUGGUCCUUGGCAUAGUGUGCCUUAAUAAAUAAAGAAGUAGGGUCAUCAAAAGUCAAAAACUGCUGAUUGUCUUGUUUGUACGCAAAAGGUGUUUGACUUGUGGGGUCCCAGUAGGUAAUCCAUCCAGAAGAAUUACGAACAAUACCUUCCUGUUCUAUUGUUCUCCACUGCAUCUCACCUGAAUAAGAGGGACGA